CAGGGUACCAUCAUCAGUUCACGAGACACUGAGUGCAUCAAAAGUGUUUUAUUAAUGAAGAAAAAAAUCAUGAGAUUCUUUGCGCUAUCCGUCUGCCUGAUGGCGACCGCUAUUGUGGUUUAUGCAGACACUAUUGCGGAUAUAGCUUUACAUGGUGGAGUAUUAUCCACUGCAGAUUUGCAAGAAUGCUAUAACAACGCGAAUCUAGCGGAAACUAAUUUGAUUACAAACGCGGAAAUAAAAGAUGGAUCUUAUAAAAAUCCAGAAAAUCAAGAAAAGGCAAAAAAAAACGGAUGCUUCACGUUGUGCAUAUUACGAAAACGAGGCCAGAUUGUUGACUCGGAGAUUCAGAAGGACAAGCUCUAUGGCAAAUCGGCACAUGCUCACCUAAAUCCCGGUACUCAAGCUAAAAUAUAUGCAACUGUGGACCGUUGCGUUGAACAAGUUAAAACAAAACCAGAUAUGUGCGACAAGUCUCUCGAUCUCCUCACAUGUCUCUGGAAGGACUUCAUCUAAGUUUUAAAUAUCUAAAUCUAUACGAAUAAUGAAUCUAUUAUUUCAAUAUAACGAUAUAAGAAAUAUCUAUUCUAUUCAUAUUAAUAAAAGUUUGUUUCUUCAGAUAAAUGUCUACAUUAUACAGCAUCGUAUUGUAAAUCAAUAAAAUGCUCUUAGAAAAAUUU